AUUUCGAACAACAACAACCCCCAUUUUGUUUCUCUCCUCUCUCCUUUUCAUUUUUGUAAGCCCUAAUUCCAAAACCACAGGAAAAUCAUCCCAACAUUUCCCACGCAAAAUCCCCAAAAUGGCUUCCGAUAACUGCCCUAAUCCACCAACAACAAAAAUGAUGACGAUGUUACUAAUCAUCUUGACAUCAGCCCUAACCAGCGGCGCUGGAGCACCAGAAAAUUCCCCUUCCGGCGAUCGUCAGACCUCGCCUGCGACGUCGUUUUACGAUGUCCUCAAAUCCAAUGGCCUACCCAUCGGCAUUUUCCCUAAAGGAAUCUCCAACUUCUCCAUCGACGCCGCCUCCGGCCGAUUCGAGCUCCAUCUUCUCUCUCCUUCCCCUUGCGACGCCAAAUUCGAGACACAUAUCCGAUACCAAUGCAACAUCACGGGCACCGUCGGGUACGGAAAGAUUGCUAAUUUGUCCGGGGUUGCUGCCCAGGAGCUGUUCCUAUGGCUGCCCGUUAAGGGUAUUCAGGUCGAUAUCCCGAGCUCCGGGUUGAUUUACUUUGACGUUGGUGUUGUUUUCAAGCAAUUUUCGCUCUCUUUUUUUGAGACGCCCAAGGAUUGUAAUGCUGCUACGAUGGAUGAUGAUGUAAGAGAGGACGUCGUGAUUUUUGUCGACGAUCGUGACCGUGUGCAGGUUGUUGAGAAUUUCAUGGAAAAACAUUCCACAAAUGAAGAAGGAAGAGCGGUUUCUUGAAUUAUGACUCUUAGUUAAAUUGCUGAGCGUUUCUCGUUGCUUUUGUACGAUGCCCUACGUUUUACAUGCCACUUGAACGAAGCUAUUGACAUUGCAAGAAGACAGUUUUGUAAAAGUUGAUAAUAUAUAGUUUGUUAAUUAGGACAAGAUGUGUUUGGAGGUUGUGUUGGUUUGGGUUGUAUAGCAUAGCAGUCACAAAGUUUGUUGUUGUUUGUUCAUUUUUCUUCCCUUCGUUUUCUUAUAUAGGUAUUUUUUAUCUGGUGUUCUUUUCAAUUGGUCAAAAGUGUCAGUGUUGUAAUUUAAAGAAUAUCUUUACUUGAAUUGUAUUUUGAUUGUAUGAACUUUUGAUUGCACAACUGUAUUUUGAUUGCUUAUA